CGACGCAUCACAGCAGCCGCCGUCACGCGCGCCCUGCGAACCCCGAGCCCCCGGCUUCUCUGCCCGGUGGGCCCUGCACCGCCGCCGCCGCCCGGUACAAAAUUACACAUACGACACCCAUCAGCCACCCACCUACCGCGCCACACACCACACCACUCCACAGUCCACACCAUCUCGCCCGCACCUCUUCCUCCGGCGCGCGGUCCAAUCCGAAGCCCGACUGCCGGCGGCGCCGAUCGACCCGCCAAUGCUUCGCGCCGCCCUCUUCCGCGCAGCCUCCGGCCUCCGCCGGUCGCCGAUGGCCUCCGCGCGGUAUUCCACCGCCGCCACCUCCGCCGCGUGGCUCUCCGACGGCGCCAGCUCCUCCCCGCCUAGGGUUCGGCUCCUCAUCGGCGGAGAGUUCGUCGAGUCGCGCGCCGACGAGCAUGUCGACGUCACCAACCCCGCGACGCAGGAGGUGGUGUCACGGAUCCCGCUCACCACCGCCAACGAGUUCAGGUCCGCCGUGGACGCCGCCAGGACUGCCUUCCCCGGGUGGCGGAGCACGCCUGUCACCGCGCGGCAGCGCGUCAUGUUCAAGUUCCAGGAGCUCAUCCGGGCCAACAUGGACAAGCUUGCGGAGAACAUUACGACCGAGCAGGGGAAGACACUAAAAGAUGCUUGGGGCGAUGUGUUUCGUGGUCUAGAGGUGGUGGAACAUGCUUGUGGAAUGGGGACGCUGCAAAUGGGCGAAUAUGUAUCUAAUGUUUCUCAUGGGAUUGACACCUUUAGCAUUAGAGAGCCGCUUGGUGUUUGUGCUGGGAUAUGCCCAUUUAAUUUUCCUGCUAUGAUUCCCUUAUGGAUGUUUCCGAUAGCUGUUACUUGUGGCAACACUUUUGUUCUCAAGCCAUCAGAAAAGGAUCCAGGGGCUGCUAUGAUGCUUGCAGAGCUAGCAAUGGAGGCUGGUUUACCUAAGGGUGUUUUGAACAUAGUUCACGGUACUCAUGAUGUUGUCAACAAUAUUUGUGAUGAUGAAGAUAUUAAGGCAGUAUCUUUUGUUGGUUCAAAUACAGCUGGUAUGCAUAUAUAUUCUAGAGCAUCUGCAGCAGGCAAGCGUGUUCAGUGCAAUAUGGGAGCAAAGAAUCAUGCAAUUAUCCUUCCUGAUGCUGACAAAGAUGCCACACUGAAUGCCCUUAUUGCUGCUGGGUUUGGUGCAGCAGGGCAAAGGUGCAUGGCUUUAAGCACUGCUGUUUUUGUUGGAGGUUCAGAACCAUGGGAGGAUGAACUAGUCAAACGUGCAAAGGGUCUUGUUGUUAAUUCAGGAACGGCUAGUGAUGCAGACCUUGGCCCAGUGAUCAGCAGACAGGCAAAGGACCUUAUCUGCAAGUUAGUCCAAAGUGGUGUUGAUAGUGGAGCUCGUAUUUUGCUUGAUGGGAGAGAUAUUGUGGUUCCUAACUUUGAGGAUGGCAAUUUUGUUGGUCCAACCAUUCUGGCUGAUGUUAAAAGUGACAUGGAGUGUUACAAGGAGGAAAUUUUUGGUCCAGUUCUUCUCUUGAUGAAGGCAGAGAGCUUAGAUGAUGCCAUCCAAAUUGUAAACAGAAACAAGUAUGGCAACGGGGCUUCUAUAUUUACAACAUCUGGUGUUAAUGCAAGGAAAUUUCAAACGGACAUUGAAGCUGGCCAGGUGGGCAUCAACGUGCCGAUUCCAGUACCCCUGCCGUUCUUCUCAUUCACGGGCAGCAAAGCUUCCUUCGCGGGAGAUUUGAAUUUCUAUGGCAAGGCUGGCGUGCAAUUCUUCACCCAGAUCAAGACGAUCACGCAGCAGUGGAAGGAGACGCCGGCGCAGCGCGUCUCCCUCUCCAUGCCCACCUCGCAGAAGUGAGACGGCAAGAACUGGAAACAAAUCCAUGCAUCAGUGUGAAUUGUGAACCGAGAAGGUUUGUUGGUAAGCACCGCACAUCAUGCAUGGUGAUGAUAGUCUGCUCGUCUCUUCGAUCGGACGCCAUGCAUGCCUCAUUUACCAGACCAGGGUAUCCAGAUUUAGAUUGAGCAGUACCCAUUCUCUGCUGUGUGGAGCAUUCUGUAAAAGCUCCGGGUGUUGCCUCCGGAGUCUGUAGAUAGAGUGUCGUGUAAACUCUCGAGAAUGGAGCCUAAUAAAAUGAUCACCGUGCCGGUCUGUGAAA